UCCCGGCCAAGGCAGGAGGGGGAGGGGAGAAGGGUCUGGAGGUGAGCGCCAUGAGACCAGGCUCUGUGGCGCAGCAUGCCUCGCCAGGCCACAUCUCGGGCCCAGCAGCACUGACUGAAGGACUUUGUUCCCAGGGAAGGGGCAGACAGUCUCCCCUCGCCAGGAUGUGCCCCCACGGCCCCUCCUUCUGGGGCUGCUUCCUCUUCCUGUGUCUGGGGAGUACUCUCAGGGAGGGCCAGGGCUCCUCUGUGUUGGACCAGUAUGAAGUGGUCCGGCCCCGGCGCUUACCCGUCUCGGGGGCUCUCGACGAACUCUCUUCCAGCGCGACGCCGUAUCCCGAGACCCUCCGCUACCUCCUGGGCCUGAGAGGCAACAACUUCACCCUCCACCUCCGCAAAAACAGGCACCUGGUCGGGUCGGACUACACAGAGACCUACACGCUGGCCAACGGCACGGAGGUCACCGCCAAGCCGCCGCCGGGGCACCACUGCUUCUACCAGGGGCACGUGGAAGAGCACCAGAAUUCCAUGGCCAGCGUGAGCACGUGUCGAGGGAUCCGGGGCUUCUUCAAGACCGGCUCCACCGUCCAUCUCAUUGAGCCUCUGGAGCACCAGAAACACAGCAGCCUCCAGGAGAGAGCCGGCAGCUCCCCGGGGAGACGUAACCUGACCCAGGGGAGACGCGGCGGCGCCCACGAGAGGCACGGCGGCCCCCUGAAGAGGCACGGCACCAACAAGGCCUACAAGAGCAGCCAGGAGAAAUCCAGCAACCCCCUUGAGAUGUAUGGCUUCACUCAGGAAAAGCAGAGCAGCAGCUCGGCCAAGGCCCCGGGCAGCGACCCCGAGAGAAUUGGCACGACUCAGGAGCCCCGCAGCAGCGAUCAGGGGACCACCGGAAGCCUCCUGGAGGGAGACAACAUCUUGUUCGAGAAAGUGAGCCUCACCCAGGGCAAGGCGAGCAGCACGCCGGAAAUCCAGGGCCAGAAUCGGGAGAAGCCCGGCGGCACCCAGGGGAGGCACGGCUCGAGCCAGGGGCAGCACGAGAGGCACAACGCCUCCCCGAGCAAGCACGGCAGCCACCUUCAGGAGAAAGCCUCCCGGGCGAAGCCCCCCAGGGACCAGGGCAAACACGCCAUCUACAGGCAGCGGGGCCUCCAGGAGAAGCAGGGCGCCUGCGGAGUCAGCAAGGUCAGCCUGAAGGGAGAGCUGGAGACCCUGAUGGCCGCGGCCAGCAAGCCCCUCAACUGGAAAACCGGGGCCGUCUCCAAGGAGACGCGCUACGUGGAGCUCUUCGUGGUGGUGGACAACACGGAGUACCAGAAGUACAAAAGCCUGAGUACGGUGCGGCAGCGCGUCAAGGAGAUCGUCAACCACGUGGACCGCCUGUACCAGGAGAUCAACUUCCGCGUGGUCCUGAUCGGUCUGGAAAUAUGGGACCAGGCCGACAAGGCGGCCAUCAACUCCAACGUGCACUCGGCCCUGGCCAGCUUUCUGCGCUGGCGGGAAAGCCACCUCAUCGGGAAGAAGAGCCACGACAACGCCCAGCUCAUCACCGGCGUCAGCUUCGAGGGCACCAUCGUGGGCAUGGGCAGACUGGCCUCCAUGUGCACCGAGGGCUCGGGGGGCGUCAACCACGACUACAGCGAGAACCCCCUGGGAGUGGCCACCAGCGUGGCGCACGAGAUGGGCCACAACCUGGGCAUGGACCACGACGAAAACGUGCCGGGCUGCCAGUGUGAGGAGGACACGAAGCACGGCGGCUGCAUCAUGACCGGCGGCUGGAGCAUGGUCUUCCCCAGGAAGUUCAGCAGCUGCAGCAAAGAGAACCUGCAGAAGUUCCUCUGGGGGACCAUCUUCUCCCCAAGCUGCCUCAACAACUACCCCAACCUGGAGAAGAUGAGCGAGGCGCCCGUGUGCGGGAACAAGUUCCUGGAGAGAGGGGAGGAGUGCGACUGCGGCCUGCCCGGGGAGUGCCUGAACCAGUGCUGUAACCCCAACACCUGCAGGCUGGCCAGCGGGGCCCAGUGCACGGAGGGAGAGUGCUGCCAGGCGUGCCAGGUGCUGCCAGCCGGCCAAGUGUGCCGGGAGGCCCAGAACGCCUGUGACCUGACCGAGUUCUGCGACGGGCAGCAUCCCAGGUGUCCGGAGAACGUGUACAAGGAGAACGGCAGCCCCUGCUCCGACGGCUACUGCUACAACGGCUCGUGCCCCACCUACAAGCAGCAGUGCCAGGCCCUCUGGGGCCUGCAGGCCGACCUGUCCACGGACAAGUGCUACCUGCUCGAGAUGCCCAAGGCAUGCACCGAAGCCUUCUACCCCUCCAAGCAGGGCCUCAACAAGUGCGAGUUCCUGUUCUGCUCCCGGCCCAGCAGCCUGCACUCCAGCCGGGAGCUGUGCAGCUUCCUCCUGGGCCACGAGAAGUGCGAUCUGGCCAUCACCAAGAGCGAGAACAACGACCCCUUCGAGAUGGUGGCCACGGGGACCAAGUGCGGCACGGACAAGGUGUGCUUCCAGAAGCAGUGCCGGGACCUCAGCAUCUACGGGCCCAAGAACUGCUCCAGCAAGUGCAACGGCCGGGGGGUCUGCAACCACAAGAAGGAGUGCCACUGCCACCCCGGCUGGGCGCCCCCCCUGUGCCAGCAGAAGCUCACCGAGGUGAAACAGAAGGUGGAGUCCUAUAGAGCCAGCACCAAGGAGACGUCCAGGCACGCGCUCAACUUGAAAGACCGGAGAGUGCUGGUGGGUGUCCUAGUGGCCUUGGCACUGCUGGCCAUACUUGCCAUCCUGGUCUUUGUCCUCUACAAGUGGAGAUCGGGAAAGGGCCGCAGUGCCUCAAGUCUCUCCCCCACCUAUUAGCUACCAGGGGGCAUGGUAGGGCAUCCUUGAAAAGUCACGGUGGGCAUGGGGCUCCGGUGCAGGCGCUGCCGGCCAUCCGGCCUGAUGUUCAAUACCCCCAAUCUAAGUUUUUUUCCUGUUUAAAAACUAUAUCUAUACAAAUUAAAUUUAAUAUGGUCAUACCAA